AUGUCGUCAACAGCUUCCAGCACAACCGCCGGCAAGGAGCCUCGCAUGCGACUCCGGGAUCUUUUGCCAGACUUACACCUCGGAUACUGGAAACCAGGGCCCCUCAAUUCGCUUACUGAUGUUCCCGGCGUCCUGGUCCACACCCAGGAGAUUAUCACCGAUGACGGUGCCGUCAAUACCGGUGUCACGAGCAUUCUGCCCCGAGAAAACUGGUUUUAUAAUGCCUGUCAUGCCGGAAUAUUCAGUUUCAACGGUUCCGGUGAGAUGACCGGUAGUCACUGGAUCAAUGAAACGGGCUUAUUACAUUCGCCCAUCGUCAUCACAAAUUCAUUCGCCGUAGGUGCCGCGUACCAGGGAAUUUAUGAAUAUACCAUCAAAUCUCAGGGUGUGACUAAGGGGAAUGUCGAUUGGUUCCUCCUACCCGUGGUUGCUGAAACCUUUGAUGGAUACCUCAAUGACCUUACUCAAUUCGUGAUUAAACCCGAGCAUAUCAUUAAAGGACUCGAGAGCGUAUCAAGCGACCGUGUCAAGGAAGGUAACGUCGGCGGUGGAACUGGAAUGAUAUGUCAUUAUUUCAAGGGCGGUACCGGUAGCAGUAGCAGAGUCGUUGAUGGAUUCGACAGCAAAGGUCAACCAAAGACAUAUACUGUCGGAGUGUUAGUGCAGGCCAACUAUGGUCGCCCACAGCACCUCCGGAUUGCAGGUGUACCGGUUGGGAAGAUCCUAGCUCGGGAGGCCGAUCAAGCUACCGAGAGUAAUCCAGCAAUCAAAAUGGCACGAGAAGCGCUUGAAAAGGAGAAGAACAGAAAAGACGGGAGCAUCAUUGUUAUUAUUGCGACAGACGCACCUCUUCACCCUUCUCAAAUGCAAAGGCUUGCUAAGAGAGCAACGGUGGGACUAUCAAAGGUUGGAGGCUAUGGUCACAACCCUUCCGGGGAUGUGUUCUUAGCCUUCUCAACCGGAAAUGAGAUUCCAGUUCAGUCAAUCUCAAUGGAGCGGAAAGCAGUCGACCCAUUCAAGCCUACGCCUAUCACAAUUGAUAUUAUAGACGAUUCUUCGAUCAACGGGAUUUUUGAAGCUGUUGCAGAUGCCACUGAAGAGUCGAUAUAUAAUGCUUUAUGUAUGGCAGAAACAAUGGUAGGAAAUAAGGAGCACAAGAUUGAGGCUCUUCCUCUUCAAAAGGUUAAGGAGAUCAUGGAGAGAUAUAAUUGA